UUAAUAACAAUUUUUUUCGAAAUAAGCAUAUGAUUUAUUUGUCAUGUUAUCUUAUAAUUAACGCGAGCGAUACAUUGGUUUUUAUUUGUAUUAGAAUCAAAAAACCACCCCAAUGGAAAAAGCGCUUUACUUAAGGUUUGCUGGAGACGCUGCGCUUCUACUGUUGACGAUUAUUCUGAGUUUCACAGUGAGUUAUUUAUUAAAGUGUCAACCAAAGGGGAUAAAUUGUGCUGACAUUUCGAUUCAAAAGAGGUACAAACCCCCGUUUAUAUCCGAAUUUUAUUUAAACUUAGCUUUUGGUUUAUUUUCGUUUAUUUUUCUGAUGGCAUGCGAAUUAUCCACGUUCCCAUGGAAGGAUACAAUAGAACCAAAGAAGAUAGCCAUAAUGAAAACAUACACUAUUGUGUCAGUUUUUACUUUCGGCAUGUUUGCCCAAUCAGCGUUUGUGACCUUUCUGCAGAUAUUUACGGGAGAACCUCGGCCUCAUUUUUUAUUCGUGUGUAAACCAAAUGAAUACUGCGCCUUGGUAGAUUUUAAUUACAUCCCAAAAUUCACAUGCACUGGGGAUGCCAGUCUCGUUAAAACUGCAAGGCAGUCUUUUCCAUCUUCUGUUGCUGCAAGAUCCUCGUUGUCGAUGGUAUUUCUAAGCAUUUACGUCCAUUCAAAGUUCAGCUGCGAAAGAACACCCUAUGGUAAAUGCCUUCUGCAAGCAAUAUUCACAACGUCCUCGCUGUUAGCGUCCAUACAACUUGUUAGUGACAACAUGAACCACUGGAGAGACAUUUAUUCUGGAAUAGCAAUGGGAACAUGUUCUGCCACUUACUUAGCUUACUCCCUCAAAUGGUUCAAGACUGAAAAAUUAGAUGUUAGCGAUCUUCUUGUCGAGAGUGAUCAGUGAUAAAUUCAGCAGCAUUCACAAUAAACUGUAUUUACCAAGAAAAAAAUUAAAUAACAAAUUAUUUUGUUUAAAAAUAGAAUACUUUCCAAAUUAACACAGCAAACAUUUUUUUCAAUUGCGGCAAUCUAACAAAUCUUCGACAUCUUAAUAUGUGGUCGAGUGAAAGUAAAUACAAUUAAUAAACAAAAACAAAUACCAACAAUAUUGUGCAUCACAUGAUUUUCAGAGGAAGAAAUCUCAAUAUUUAAACUAUUAUGUAAACUUCAAACAUUUGUGUUACUUUUUAUAUAAUUUAUAGUUUUAGCUUUUAAUUC